CGCCUAAAAGGAACGGUGGGAAAUGUCCGGCUGACGUCACACGAGCUAUAUAAAAGCGCUCGUGUUGCAUCUGUCUUCAGACUAGGAGCCAUGAGUAAGAGGAACUUCUACGAAUUUAGCGCUAGAUUAUUGAACGGAGAAACUGUUAAUUUCUCACAAUACCGUGGGAAAGUGGUCCUGAUCGAAAAUGUAGCAUCCCUAUGAGGUACAACUGUACGGGAUUAUACCCAAAUGAACGAACUUCUCGAUAAAUUCGGGGAUAAGUUAGAAAUUUUGGGUUUCCCGUGCAAUCAGUUUGGUCAUCAGGAAAAUGGAAGCAAGGAAGAGAUUACGAAUUCCUUAAAAUACGUGCGACCCGGUAACGGCUUCGAGACCAAAGUCACUCUGUUCGAAAAAGUCGAUGUGAACGGAUCAAGCACUCAUCCCGUCUAUCAAUUUCUUAAAAGAGCACUUCCACAUCCCAGUGACGAUUCCGAAUCUUUGAUGUCCAAUCCACUCUUCAUCACGUGGUCACCCGUAUGCCGUAAUGACAUCAGCUGGAAUUUCGAAAAGUUUCUUAUAAGCAAGGACGGAACACCUUUCCGUAGAUACAGCAGAAAUUAUUUGACUAGCGAUAUUGCUAGUGACAUACAAUUGCUUCUGAAGUAAGAUUUCUUUUUCUUUUUUUGGAAAAUCGAUUUCGAUUAUCGGAAUGGUCCGAAACUCGAAAUGAUAUCAAGACCAAAAAUUUCUGGGUUUUGAUUGAUGACACCCGAGAAGGACCCGACGAUAAUUUCGAUCGAUUAUUUUCAAAAAAAUUAUGUGAAAUAAAUGAUUAUUUUUAUUAGAAAAUAAAAACUUAGAUGGUGAUUUUA